AUGCUUAGACCUCGGCCUGGCAGUGUUUCUUUUUUAGAAGUUCAUUGGCUCAACGCAAGCCUCUUCCAGGUGAACGAUACUGAUCUUUUACCACCAUGCCUAUUUUCCUAUCCCUAUCCUUCACCCUGUCGGCUCACUUGCAGUCCUGCCUCUCCAUUUUUGACAGGAGAACCAAUGUACACAUUUAAGUCUGUUGCUAAUUUCUACGAUGCCAUCCCCUCGACGCCCUGCGCAAGUCCCCUCAAAGCCGCCCAGCCUACGAAAACGGAGCAACUUCUUUCUCAACUCGACAACCUAGAGUCUCGUCUCAAGAGGGUCUCCGAGGAUGCAAGAUCUCUGUCCAAAGGGACUCAGUGA